AACCAAAAAAAAAUGAAAACACAAAAGAAUUGUAUCGAUCGCGCCAAGGGCUGGCCUCGAUUGACCACUCUCUUGCGAAUCGUCCAUGACACUAGGGGAGAUUGCAUUAACAUGGGUAGUUUCGCCGGUAAAAUCGGCUUCAAAAUCUCAUCACAACUUCAAUGUCGCGCAUAUUCGAUUCCCUGGGCAAUAUGGAAGAAUCCGGUUACAUGCUUGAAGAGUAGAGACCAUAGUUCUUCGGCUCCAGUUAGGUACACUCCUAAGACAUCCUCCAAAGUGAAACUAUCUAAAGCUUCUCCACAAGUGAAAAAUUUGGAGAAAAGUAACUAUUUUAGCCCAGAUGAUGUAAGCGCACCAGAGAUCAAUGGCGAAAAAUCUGAACGUGGAAAAAUUGCUCGGUGUGAAGCAUCCCAAAUUCAGAAUGAAAUGCAGAAUAACUUGCUGUUUGGUGACAUGGGACGAGUAUUCAUGGAUCAGAAGAGGGAAGUUGACCUUAACAUCUUAAAUGUGAUCUUAGGUUGUGAACCGAUGGAAGAGGUUGAAGAGGCUGCUGAAGAGUUGACAAUUUAUCAAGCUGGCAAUUCUUUUGAACAAGAUAUAUUACAAAUUAACGAAUGUACUGCUGUUGUUGAGGAAUCAGCAAUUAAGUUACUUGCCACGAGGGCACUCACAACAGUUGAAUUGAAAAAGAAAUUGCUUGGCAAGCGAUUCUCUUCUGAUGCAGUGGAGGCAGUGAUAAACAAAUUCGUCAGCAAAGGGCUGAUCAAUGAUAAAUUGUAUGCGGAAUCAUUUUCUCGGUCUAGAUGGUCUUCAUCAAGUUGGGGACCAAGGCGAAUCAAGCAGGCACUAUCUAAGAAGGGAGUUAGUCAAGCUGAUGCUGAGAAGGCAGUUGAACUGGUUUUCAGGGAAGAUAUCGAUGGGGAUCCAGAGUCAACUCUUGGCUUAUCAAAACAUUCCAUCGAUCACUUAUAUGUUCAGGCUUCAAAACAGUGGAUCCGAAGCCAUGAUGUGCCCAAAGAAACAAGGAAAUCAAGGGUUGUUCGGUGGCUACAGUACCGUGGCUUUGACUGGGAUGUCAUUAACUUCGUACUGAAGAAAUUAGAGAGGCAGGCUCCACCAUAGUGCACAACUAGGAUAUCCAUUUUGCUUGCCAUUCCAGGUCCACUACAAGUUUCUUGAAGAACCAGACAUUGAUGUAAAAUUCUGAGUGCUUGUCAUUAUGCUCUCAUUCGACAUAUAACACAUUGGGUAUCACACCAUUUUUUUUUUAAUUCAUCUGUGUUGUAAUUUUAUUUAGAAUCUAAUAGCAGAGUUAUAAAAAAUUUCACCUAAAUUUUCUCCUUGAACUGCAAGUCCAGUGUUAUAGAUAGAGUUGUCGAAGUCCUCACUGGCACAAAAUGGUGUUCCGACAAGGGCAGACAUUUCACCUCAUCUAUUUGCUUCAGGAAAUGAUGCAUCAGAAUACACAAAUAAUUGCACCUAUCCGAAUACAGUGAAGCUUACUUUCUGUCACAUUGAAGCUGAGAUAAAGUAGCAGAAACCACUAAGGAAUUGCGGCUUGUGGAGUCAAGUGCUUGCUUCUUCUGGAGAAUUGUGCCUGGAUGUUGUGGGAAGAGCUAGCUUGUGUAUUUUCAGUGUGUGCUUACGGUACAAUAUUUAUAUACAGUGCUGUCCAAUUACAUACAGCAAGUAGCAUUAGAGGAGCCUCCGGAACAAAAAUUCUGCCAUGGAUUGGUAUUGUGUUCAGUGUUCACUAGGUGGAUGAUAAACUGAUAUGUAUACAUGAGUGGACUUCAUGUCAUCUUCAUUUCUCAUUAAUCUUAUGUGUAUUCUGGUCUA